AUGAUGCGCAAUUCGGCUUUCGCACUUUCCUGUCUCGCGGCUCUGGUGCCUACCGUCGAAGCAGUAUCGUACUGCUUACCAGACGAUAGCUGUUUCCCUUCAGAGGAUGAACUCCAACAAUUCAAUGCCACCGUAAAAGGUCGUCUUAUAAAGGUGGUACCGUACGCUCAGGCUUGUUACGAGGACACCUACGACGCUGAAGCCUGCAAAGAGUUGGCUGCGAAGCGGCAGGACCCCACAUGGCGAAUGAGCCUUCCUGCGGGUCUUAUUUAUACCACGUGGGAGCAAGCUGGUGAUGAAGGAUGCUAUAUUCCAUUGCUUCCCGCCGACGGAUCGUCCCCCGCCCCCAUUCAGGGCAAAUGCUCACUCGGUGGCAUGUCUUCGUUACCGGAGCCCGGGCAAGAUAUUCUCGGAUAUCACCCAGGCUCCGGCUCUUUUCCCACUUGGAUGCACCACAUGAACAGUAUGGAGUCCAUAAACAACUUCAGUCCAAAGCGCAACAGUGGGGUGGGUCAACGAGUUAUCUCGGCUGGACCUGGUGUCCUGGUUCAAGAGCUAUACGACUUUGGAGCGAGGUACGAUGUAAUCACGACGGGUGGAUACGGCCCAACAGUGGGGGCUACCGGGGGUUUCAUUCUAGGAGGAGGCACUGGACCUUUCAGCUCUACUAUUGGACUCGGCAUCGACAAUGUAGUUCAGUUUGACGUCGUUACUGCGGACGGCGAGGAGAAGGCAGUCAAUGAGUGCACUAAUCCUGAUUUAUUCUGGGCUAUGAGAGGUGGAGGCGGUGUCUUCGGAGUACAUACACGCGUUUACCUCAAGACACACACUCAACCUGCAGCUGUUAACUGGAUGGUGAACUUGAUCCGCUGCGAUGACGAUUCAUCAUUCAAGAAACUCAUUAGCACAAUGAUCGAGAUUCAACUUAGUCUGCGCGAAAAAGGCGAGAAGAGCGGCCUAUGGACUUCCAAUACAAAGUUCAAAAAUAUUGUCAUGAUCUCGAUUGCACCCCAAUUCGGUGUUCCAGUAUCGACAAACGCAACUCUCAACGCAUUUGCACCUAUAUUCCAAGUUCCAGGAUGUCAAGCCUCACCUAAAACAGGCACGGAAAAGCAGUGGAACGACGUCUUUCGGCGCAUCUUUUGGCAUGUAAUCACACGUGCAGCGCCAAGCGGAACAAACAUACUCGACUCGAGCCGUAUUGUCACAUACGAGCAGAUGGAAAGCGAAUCGGGGCGUCAGCGGAUCACAGAGUACAUUACCAACUUAUCCCCCAACAUCACGUUUCUUUGGCAGAACUCGGUGGGCGGGCCUACUCGAGACGCAGCUCCCGAUGCGACUUCCGUCAAUCCUAUCUGGCGUGAGGCGUUUGCGUUUGUCAAUGCGCCCAUCAAUGGCCCUGUCGAACGCGUUACAGAAGAGCAGACGAAUUUGCAGAUCGAUAAUACGAGGAAUAUGACCAAGGCUUUUGGGACGGCGGCGUAUUAUAGCGAGGCGAAUGAGUUUGAGGUGGAGUGGCAGGAGAGCUUCUUUGGUAGCAAUUAUGCGAGGUUGUUGAAGAUCAAGAAUGAGGUUGAUCCACAGAGGGUGUUCAAUUGUAGGCUUUGCGUCGGCAGCGAGGAAGGAUAUUGA